GAAGACCCAGCAAUUCUGGCCGCAGACGGGCCUCGCCAUUUCCCUCCCUUGUAGCGCCCGGCGCCCCAGGCCGCUCGUCCGGAAAAGGGGCGCUCUGUUCUCCAGGAUUUGAGCAAGGGAGCCGGACGCCCGGGACAGCCUCUUCUCCCGAAGGCAGCGAGGCUGAGGGUAACACGAGAGGCGUUCGGUGGGAGCCCCGGCCCGAGUGUGCGCCGCCGGCCUCCGCGCCAGCCGGAAGUGCCUCCCCAUCGAAGCAAAGGACUUCCGAUGGGUCUGCAGGGUAGUCGGAGUCAGCAUGGCGGUCUCCUUGGCCGGGAAAAAAAUCGUGUUUGUCACGGGGAACGCCAAGAAGCUGGAGGAGGUCAUUCAGAUUCUGGGCGAUAAGUCUCCAUGCACUUUGGUGGCACAGAAAAUUGACCUGCCGGAGUACCAGGGAGAGCCUGAUGAGAUUUCCAUACAGAAGUGUCAGGAGGCAGCUCGCCAGGUACAGGGGCCUGUACUGGUGGAGGACACCUGUCUGUGCUUCAAUGCCCUCGGGGGCCUCCCUGGCCCCUACAUAAAAUGGUUUCUGGAGAAGUUAAAGCCUGAAGGUCUCUACCAGCUCCUGGCUGGUUUCGAUGACAAGUCUGCCUAUGCACUCUGCACUUUCGCACUCAGCACUGGGGACCCCAGCGAGCCAGUUCGCCUGUUCAGGGGCAGAACCUCGGGCCAGAUCGUGGCGCCCCGAGGCUGCCGAGACUUUGGCUGGGAUCCCUGCUUUCAGCCUGAUGGAUAUGAGCAGACGUAUGCAGAGAUGCCCAAAGCUGAGAAGAACACCAUCUCCCAUCGCUUCCGGGCCUUGCUUGAGCUGCAGAAAUACCUUGGCAGCCUCGAUGCCCCAGUAGUUGGUGAUGAUCGCCCUGGCCGGGGAACUGGGGAAGGCUAGCCUGCCGCCUCCAAGCCAUCAGACAGGCAGUCCUCCAAGUACUGCCUUCCUGGUCUCUACUUUCUAGAGGGGGGUUAGACAGCCUCGCCAACCCUGUUUGGAGGAGCAGCUGGCUCUGCUUGGAGGAACUUGGGGCCCUUGGGGAUUCAGUGGUCCCUCCUACAGCCUCCUGGCCUGGGAUCCUGAAAGGACUUGGAUGUUAAAACUGGCCAUGGUGGGUCCGAGGGCUUGGGCAGAAACAAAUCGCCCUCGACAUUUUUGAAGUGGCAGAAAUAAAAAUACUGGAAGGCACUUGCCCCCAGAAUAAACUGGAUAUAUCCGCUUUGAAACCUA